AUGGUGGGUAAUGGUACUUUGAUUGAAAUUUGGAACCAUAAAUGGUUGCCUAUGGAGCGGUAUACAGCCAAGCCUUGGUCAGCCCCUCCAGAUGAUAGGCCUCAAUUUGUGUCUGAGUUGAUCAACUCGGCCACUGCUACAUGGAAUGUGCCAUUGCUGCAAAGGCUCUUCUCUCAGCGUGAAGUGGAAAUCAUACUCUCUAUCCCACUUGGUCAACGUCUUCCUCAAGACAAGAUUGUUUGGCAUCCUCACAAGAAAGGCCUCUUUACUACAAACAGUGCUUAUUUUGUAGCUCAGGACAUCUCUUUAAAUCAAAUUAUCAAUCCUCCCAUUGUUGAUGAGUUUCAACAGUCUGUUGGGCAUGUUUUGGCUGCAUGUCUAGUGGCCAAGGAAGUGUUGGGUACGGUUUCAUUGCAGCUUACGGUACCUCUGUCACCGGUUUUUAUCUUUAAAGAGUGGCUGUUGGAAUGUGUUAGGAAGACCACUAUGGAGCAAUUUGAGAAAUUCAUGAUGUUCCUGUGGGCUUUGUGGAAGAAUAGGAACGCUACUUUAUGGGAAGACGAACUGAAAUUGCUGGCUGACAUUGCUAUUAUCACUCUAAGUUGGCUCAAGGAGUAUAAACUCGUCCAUGCUUCAUCUAUUCCUAAUGUCAGAAUGGUGCACAGAUGGGUUUGUCCUCAAAAUGGUUUUGUCAAAUGUAACGUGGAUGGUAGUUUUGAUUAUGCUAGUUUGCGAGGAGGGGCUGGCUGUGUAGUUCGGGACCGGCAUGGCAGUUUUAUGGCUGGUACUGGAAGGCCAAUAGGGUGGGCGUCGUCAGCUUUCCAGGUUGAACUCCUUGCUCUCAAGAAUGGGGUCCAGUUUUCCAUCUCUAUGCACUAUUACAAGAUUCAUCUUCAGAUGCUGCAAAUGAGGAAUUUUGGGAUCUUGCCAAUCAUCAUCAGACGAAGAAUUGAUGAAUCUGCAGAUUACUGCUCUACAAGAGAUGGGAAGAAGAAGACGCCGGGGCUCAAUUCCUGGUCAAAGCCUGUAACAGCCAUGCCAUUACAUAUGUUCCACAUUAUGACACCCUUGGAGCUGAGGAUGAAGCCGUGUUAUGUAGUUUUUGUGGGUCUCUCAGCUGGUACUAAAGCUUAUUGA